CAUCAACCUCCUGAAUGCGUGCGUAAAAAGGCAAGUUUACCCAAAACCGGUUGGCUGGGCGGUGCACACACACACACACACACACACACACACACACACUCGAACCGGUGGAUGAACUUCAGCUGGAUAAUGGAUUAACGCAUCAGACGACCAGAUAGCUACAAAACGCACAGCACAGCGCGCUAUGAACUCCAGAUGUCAAUGUAUUGGAAGAAAACACCCACCCACACACACACACACACACACACACACACGACGAGGGAUGACUCACAGGUUUAGUUGAAUAAGCGAGCUGCCGGUGCGGACGGGGAGAUUCUGCGUGGGGUAUUUCAAUUCUUUCUGGUACUUAAAGCUUCUCCCAACUUGUGCUUUUUUUAUGGAGAAGAGAAGCCACAAGGACUGACAGUUUUCGCGCUGCGCUGGUACCAGAUAUGGAGAGCGCGCUGGAGACCUCCGGACGCUGGUGCGCAUCUUCUUCAUAAAGUGCGACACUUCGACACAGGACGGGGCCUAAAACUUGUCUAAAACUUUGUCCCCAAAGUCAAAGUUGCUGAUAAACGGAGGACAGUUUGAGAAACUUUAACACAAUCUUUUCCCAGGAAGCUUUGAAGAUGCGUAAAGAGGUGGAGAGGAGAUUUCACACGCUGCUCGCGGUCUGCUCGAUACUUCUCGUCGGUUUGGGGGUUUCAGGGUUUCCUACCAGACACAAGAAUGUGGCCCACAAGGGUCACGGCCACCCGAUUCACAGCGGUGGGGUCCAAUAUGCCACUGAGGCUUUGGAGGAGCAGAACCAGGUUCAGAGUCUCCUGCCUGAGCCACACGGCCACCAGAGGAGGUGGUCCCACCCUCAGCACCGCUCCGUCGGCGUUCUUCCACAGCCAGAGCCUGAGGAGGAGACCAAACCUUUCAUCCUGGAUCUCAAGAACUUUCCAGACCUGGCCAACGCUGACAUCAACUCACAGAACCCCAACAUACAGGUAACUAUUGAGGUGGUGGACGACCCCCAGAUGGAGGUAGAGAUGGACCUGGCCAAGGAAAAAGACUGGCUACCCUCCUCUUCCUCCUCACCCUCUUCCACGGUGGAUUGGCUCGGAGGCAAGAAGCUUUUCUGGCCCCUUUUCUGGAGUUACACUGACGCGGACUCCAGCGAGGACAGCAACAGCCGGUCGGGCGUGGAGGACACUGGCGAGGAAGAGGAGGAGGAGGAUUACUCCCUGGAUUACGGCAGCGAGGAGCCCUUACCCAGCGGAGUGGGCGGAGACUGGGAUACGCGCUGGAACGAAGGCUGGGAUCCAAUGCAGAGCUACUAUGAGAAGGAGACAGAUGAGUGGACUCCCUGGUCUCCCUGUUCAGUGACAUGUGGAAACGGUGAGAGGAAGAGGACCAAAUCCUGUGGCUACUCCUGCACUCUGACAGAAGCCUCUAAGUGUGACCUGGAGCCUUGUCCUGGUGAUGUCAACACUGUGGUAGAGCCUUUCCCUUUCGAGAUGGAGAAUGGCACAGAGCCGUUUGGGACAGAUGUGGACAGCUGUGAGAAGUGGCUCAACUGUAAGAGUGAGUUCCUCCAGAGGUACCUCCACCAGGUCUUGUCUGAGCUGCCCAGCUGCCCCUGCUCCUACCCCUCUGAAGUGGGGUACACUGUCGUCAGUGUCUUCGAUGAGGAUCACGACCGCCCGUUCCGCUGGCGUGAUGCCAGUGGCCCCAAGGAACGCCUGGACAUCUACAAGCCGUCAGCGCGUAGCUGCAUCCGCUCGGCGCUUUCCAGCGACUCGUCUACGCUCGCGGCGCAGCACUGUUGUUAUGACGAUCGCGGGCGGCUGAUCACGCGAGGGAAGGGCGCAGGCACGCCUAACCUGAUCAGCACCGAGUUCUCACCCGAGCUGCACUUCAAAGUGGAUGUGCUGCCUUGGAUCCUGUGCAAGGGAGACUGGAGUCGCUUCCAUGCGGUGCGGCCACCAAAUAAUGGAUUGAGCUGCCCAGAAAACCCCCAUGAAGACGUGUUCAUGAAUGAACUGGAAGAGGCCAGGGAGUACUGAGGGACCACAGCCAAAACUACCACUUCACUCAGAGAGUCAGAGGGCCCAAUCCUAAUUUGAGAGGAGACUGCCUACUUUAAAAGCUCAUGAAAUAUUACAUCUAAACCAUGCAUCAUGCAUUGACUUGGAGCAAAUGCACAUUUGUGAUUGGGUGUUUAGGUAUGACGGUGAAGUGUGGCUGUCUCAAGUUAGGAUUUGGCACAGUGUCCUGAUAUCAGGCUCGGCUGAACUGAACUGAAUUACAAGAAUGGAAAAAAAAUGCAGUGUUCUCCCAUCGCUUGCCAACCUGUUCCACAUCUGGCGUAACAUCAAGCUCUCUCUCUUUAUAUUCAGCACACUCUCCUGGGUGCGUGUAAGCAUGAUGUCUACCUACUGGCUUUUUUUGAUGGUGUCCUGGAGCGCUUGUGAUUGACAAUAGCAACAUAUGGUAAACAUCCUGAUCAUGCUUCUUGUAGGUUUUACAUUAGGAAAUGUAUGAAUGUGGGCUGGUUAUAUUGAUGAAACAAACACAUGCAUGGGAAGAGUCCAACAGAUGAGUAUCCCAACUAUGCUGCUACAUUAUAAAAUCCUUCAGGUUAUACAAAGGUGUUAAGGGGAACAAGACAUCAGUAAACCCAAAAGAUGCCACAUGCAUUCACAGUAAUGUACAUUUCAGCCAUUCUUUCGGGACACUAAAAUCAGUAAUGUUCGAAGAAUUUGGGAUCUCAACCAGAGAAGCUAAAAAGGAUUUGAAACAAAUUAUCGAGCUUGCUAGUGAGAAUCAUGAGAAUAGCCCAAUAGAGCAGCACAUUUGAAAUGUUUCGUCACACAGAUUGAUUUCAUGCGUUUCCUCACAUUUUCACAACCAGGAAGAUAUAUGAUCUGGGUGCCAAAGAGUUAAAAAUCAGACUGUUGGUGCCUGUGUAAAUCCAGCCUCCUAAGUCUCUACGGUGCAAAUGUAGGAAAACAAUUAAGUUCAACAGUGAGUAGAUUGUGCUCAUAGAUCUCUACAAUGUUCUCAGGGGACUAACUGACCAUGAUAAACAAAUUUGUUCAUUUACCUCGACAGCGGAGCACUAUUGGAAGUGUACUGGGGUAAAGAUUAGCAGGAGGGUAUCGGAUGUCUAAUCCAGAUUGUAAUGAUGAACAGAUAAUGCUUUUUGUGCAGUUUCAGAAAGCAGUCGGAGCCCUUAUAACUGAAUAGUUGAUGCAUUGUGUGUGGUAGAAAGAUGUCAUUGCUGCUUAAGCUGUUGGCUUAGGGUCUUUGGGUUUAUGCACAGAACUUGAUUGGAUAGAAAGGACAUUCCUACACAAAUAAACAUUCCUGAGAGGUCAUGUAGUUGGAGCCCUUACCCUGGCUCACAUAGGAGUACAGGUAAAGGCAACAUGGAAGUCAAAAACCCAUAGUGCAAGGGAUUGAAAAUAUGUUGAACCAUAAUCAGAAUAGUUUUUAGCAUUGUAUCAAUAGCUGUGUCAAGGCAGUUAUGUUAAAUUUACGUAGAAAUACCUUAAAACUCCAGGAAUCGCCCUUUCUAUCCAGUCUAAUUCUAUGGAUGUUCGCUCCAAACCUUUUUUUCAGGAAUUCUGCUUCCAGAUGUGUAUAUGCAAACACGCAUUUACAUUUUGGAAUCACCGAUCAUUUUAAAGGAAGGCACUUUAUUUAAGGUAUAUAUUAUAUAUACAAAAGAUAUAUCAAAAUGUACUCAUGUUUGCCAUUUGUUGUGUUAUUGUGAAGGGAAACUCGCCAGAAAUGCUGCAUUGUUCUAUGAAAGUGCGUAUAUCAAGUGUUCUGUUGAGGAAAGCAUGAUCUUUUUGUGAUUUCUGAAUCUAGUAUUACAUAUAUGGUGUUGUACAGUAUUUAUUUGUCUAUUCUCUUUUUUUUAAGUUUGCUGAAGCUUUGAAAUGUCUCUAUACUCAACAUGGUGCACUAAUCUGACUGAGAAAUGAGGGCACCCAUUAUCAAAAGGGAAACCACUUGCCUCAUAUCACUUCAUACAGCAACAUCAAGUGUCUGUUUCAUUCUACUUUGUACUGCAGUGCUCUAUGAAUAUGUUGUCGCAAUUAUGCUGAAGAAAUAUAUAAAAACCUUGCAUUCAUCAUCUGA